UUUUUUUUUUUGAUUCUGCAGUUUAAUACCAAAACUAGAAAAAAAAAUUAGGAUGUUAUGAGUUAUGUAGCACCUUACAUUUUUAGGGAGUAAAACAGAACCCAUCAAUUUGUUUUUACAAAAAUAUAACACAGUGUAUAAUAAACACUGAUACUCAUUGGCGUGCAUUGUGACUCAAAUUCUAAUUUUUGGUUUCUCUGGCCUUUAUUUCCCCUCAGAAUAGGAUGAAUAACCUAGCGUUAUUCUAUCAGUUGGACAAAGACAAAGAUUAACAGUAGGUAAUGCACCAGUUGCAUUAAGUUUCAUCCGAGGUAAAGUAGGUCUGAAAUUUUAUUCCGACAUGAGACUUAAUGUUAAAGACAAAUUUUAAGGACUGUUUUCAUGUUCAACAUAUAUUUUCCCCAACUUCGGAUUCAAAACCUCUCCUUAUUAAUAUUUCUCAAAUUUGACCCGGUGCGUUCCUAUUAAACUCUGUUCAUAUGAGUUUUUUUUCAGUGCCAUUGGGAAUAGAUGCUCUCACAAGUCACAAUUCCCGCAUGAAUUAAACAGCAUUUGACAGGGUUUAUGAAUGAAUCUUUAAGAUAAAAACACACCAACUCUGGAAUUUAAAAAUGCCCAUAUUCCAUGAGAUAUGCGAGAUUUCCAUAAGAGCCAUUAGAGAUGACGUACCUAUGUCACCUAAGCCCUUUAUGUGUUCCAAAGUAAUUGUCCUCUGGCUUUUUCUUCGACCAAAUUCCUUUCAAACUGCGCUGUUUUUGUAUCUUAUGAACAUUUUCAUCUUUCUGAGUUGGUGUUGUUUCAUUCUCUUUAAUUCAAACUAUCCAAAGGAAAUUUGAAACAUGACAGAUUUUAAGGGUAUAAAAAAAAAUGAGACCCCAUACCCUGAAAAGAGUUUAAAUUAGUGUUACAAGAUUAAAAAUAAAGUUCAAACAUUCCUUUCAUCUAGAUCUUGGAGGAUCCCUCUUUUAAAAAUAAGAAAUUCUUCAAUGUUUCAAAAAAAGAGAGUGACAUUAUUGAAAAAUUAAGGUUUUGAUUGUUUUAAGUACAGAGAUUCUCUCAGCCUUAGAUAUUUUGUAAAAAAUUGAGGAUCUGAACUGAAUUUUCAGUCCCUGAACACAGGUUUGAACUCUCUUUUUUUUUGUGUAAGUACGUGUGUGGUGUACACAUGGUUUCAAAUAUGUGGGUUUGCAGGUGUAAGCCCUCAAUGUGAUAUGUUUUCAACACUAGUUUAAUUAGGGAAGUUCUCAACCUCUACAUGUUCUGCCACUAUUAUUUGGUCUAUAAUGCAGUUACCAUAGGAACCCGUAGCCGAGUGAGAAGAAUAAUUUUUCUUUGCACUUGCUACAGAAUCUCAUGGUCAGCUGUGUCUGAAAAUGGCUGAAAUAGCAGCUGUUUGAAAAGUGCGUCAAAAAUGGAGACUUCAAGUAAAAUCUUAUUGGUGUACAAUUUACUGCAGUCCCAAAACACUGAAAGAGCCUUUAAAAAAAAUAAUGCCUCAAGCAAGAUUUUACACUUUUACAAACUCCUAAAUUGUCUCUCAUCUAGAACGAACACAGAAGCUAUCAAAAAAGCUACCUUAAAGAGGCUGAGGGUUCUUAAAAAAGAGAUGAUGUUUUGUGUAUCAGAGAGAUUGAAUAUUGUAAGGAAAAGAGUGCAAGGCUACUUUGUGCAGCAAAAGGAGGAGAAGAACACACUUGUGAAAUUUUCAAUCAUACUGGAUAGAUUGCUGGUUGGUGUUUUGGAAAACAAUGAAAAAGUGUUGUGUGGUAACAAGGAGGUCUGGUGUAUUCACAAGCAUAUCAAAAAUGUUAUGGUGCAUUGCAAAGACAUUUUAUUUUGUAACUCGAUGACCAGAAGUACAGUUAUCGAGGUUGUGAUGAAAGAUGACCUGACAUGGUGGAGGUUUAUCAUUCUCACAGCUCUUUUUCUAAGCCAGAUUGACUGUGGCGAGAUGCAUGAAUGUAACUCGGAAGAAUAUGCAAAGAAAGUUGUCAAAUAUUUGGAUACGCAAAACGGAUGGGUUCAUCUGGAAAAUUACCUGAAGAUUCAGAAUGUCUUACACGAUGGUUUCCAAGAUAAUUUGAAUGGAGUGGUAUGCAGUGUUGUCAUCUUAGCCGUUUUUUUCCUGGGAAAAUUGUGAAUAAAAUCAAUUUGCCAGGAUACCUGCUGGCUGAUUGCACCUUUUAGUUCAAUCAGUGAUGAUCAGUUCAUAUCUUUAUGUUACCAUCAUCAAUAUUUCAUAAAUUUUUUUAAUUAAUUGAGACAAGCAGAUGAAGCCUUUUCCAAAAUUUCUUAUGAUUAUCAAAGGAUCUCUCCAAAUGCAACAGCAAAAAAAGAGCUUAACAUGAUUUAAGAGGGAACUCCGUUCACUCCAUUACUUGAGAUUUCGGAAAGAUUUGUCAUUACUCGGAUGCAUUUUUACUUUGUAGGAUGUAAAUUAUUUCAAAACAUUUACCUUUAAGGUUGCAUGUAGUAAGAUAAAAGAUUGUAAUAUGUCCACGAUGGGUAACUUGAAAUACUUGUGAGUAGGGUGGAACAUGGAAACCUUAGGUCAUGGAAUCAAAACGCCUGACUCAGCUUUUGAAAACCUUUCAGGAUUUAAAGAAGAGCACAAAAGCUUAGUUGGACAUAAAAACAUCUUCUCUUGGUACAUUGGACUUGAAGUUUAUCUUGAUGGGAUAUCUCAGCUAAUUUUCACUGGUUUUGGGGGCGGAUCCCAGCCCUUCCUCACACUCCCAACCAUUGAGAAAUUCCUAAUUAUUUAUUUACAACACUCGCAGUGCCAGUUAAUACGUUUUGGCCUGGUAUCAACAUCAUUGAGAUCACACGCAAAGCCUUAAAGUACAUUCUGUUUUUGGUCAUUGCCCGAAGAUGUUUCUAUAUCCAACUGAGCUUAUUUACUUUUUUUUAGGUUGCCAAGUGUCAACGAAAGCCGAGUCAUAUAUUUUGAUUCCAUGACUUUUGGCCCCCACACUCUUCUCUACUCAAGACAGUUGUAGUUGCAAAAGUGAGUGAUAAAGGCUGAUUGGCACAUAUUAACAUUUAAGAACCCCUGAACUCUUAUAUGUGGAGCUGAGCUUAUUACCGCGUGAAAUGGAUGUUCAACUGCUGAUUAACAUCUCAAUCACUGAGCAAAUAACCUGUUUAGUGUACAUCAUGUUAAAAUUCAGACAGAACUUAGAAAACUGUCAUUUUGGUUUUCAAAUCAUUAGAGGGUUUUUACGUAUCUCACUUUGAAGAUGCAUAAGUGACGAUGAAUGGUUUUAGGGUAUUAUAUUAAUGUGGGUACAUUUGGAGAUGGGACGAGUAAAUGAAUUCGUACUUUAAUGACAUCUCAUGAGCCAAAUUUAAGAUUUAUGGCCUCAGCCAGGCUGAUUAAAAACUUUCACACCACUCUGACACGAAAACUGUCUGUUCUACUAUGGAUAAGAUCAAACCCUUUUUUCUAUCAAACAUUUCUUUAUCAUUUUCACAUACAGUGCAAACAAUUUUCAAAAAACCUAUUGUGAACGAUGAUAAAAUAAGAAAAAUUUAAAAAAAGUCAGAAUAUUUUCUUUACAAAUUAUCAAUUUAUUACUAACAAAAAUCAAGUGUGACAUUGAUCUGUGAGAUAGAUUUAAUGAAUCCUGACAUUUUGAGAAGUUAAGCUUGUAAAAAA